CUGAUAUUUAAAUAAAUAUUUUUUGGAAGCAUAAUAAAGUUGAAAAAAUAAUUUUAAAUAAUUUUUUGAAGCUGUUGAAUUGAGAAUUUUUAAAAAUGCCAGAGACACCUUCCAAAACUUCAAAUCAUCAAAGAAUAAAAGAAAUGAUGUUACAUUUGUCACCAGAAAAGGCUGAAAUACCUUAUAAUUUAUGUUUUGAUGAUUCAAACAAUCUGUGGGUGGCUAGUAAAGGAGGUUUAUUUAAAUUUGAUAUUUCAACAAAAUCUGUACUUUUCUCGAUGAAAAAUGAUUUUCCAAAGAAGGUUGCUGCAUACCCGCAAAUUUUGAUGUAUAAAAAUAAGUUAAUCUAUGUAACUGGUGACUUGGAAUUAAUGCAAUUUCGAAUUCUUGAUCAAUUAGGCAACAUUGAACAUGAAAGCUUUAUUGAAGGAAAAGUACAAAGUUUGGCUAUAACUAAAAGUGGGGAUUUAUUUAUGACAAAACAAAUGAAGUCUGCGUCUCCUGAACUUGAACAAAAUAAUUCGGGGAUGGAUGAAUCGAUUAUUUGGAGAUCACAUAUUGACUUCCCUUCUGCGUGGGAUGAAUUUGCUUCUUCAUUUGAUGAAUGUUUUCAAUGUUUAUGUUUAUUGGAUGAUGAAACAUUAGCAGUCUCUGUUGCUUCUAUUCCUGUCAAUAUUUAUUCAAAGCAAUCAAUAAAAUUUUUAAAUACCAAAACUGGUCAAUUAAUUGGAAAACCAUUUUCUUCAUGUGGAAAAGAAGCAGGCCAAAUAUUUUUCCCUCGUUGUAUGCGUCCUUUCAACAAUUGUCAAAAUUUAUUAAUAAUGGAUAAAACUGGAAGAUUUUUAAAAUUUGAUAAAAAUGGGCAAUUUAUUGAAAUUUGUGCAAAAAUUGAUGAUUAUAUUGGAAAUGGUUUUACUUUAAAAAAUGGAGAGGAGGAGGCUGUUAUUGCUUGUAGUGGAAUUGUUUUGGAUGAGAAAGGCGAAAGUAUUUGUGAUGAUUGGAUAGAAGCGAUUAAAUUGGAUGGAUCCAGAUGGACAGAAGAAUAG